UCAACGCCAUGCACCCUGAUCUGGAGCCGCGAUCAGUUCAACAAUUGAAAAGAAGUUUCAACCGCAUCAAAUUGAAUGUGAAAAAGGAAGAGAGAGCCUACAAGCUGAAGGUGAAGAGGACUGGUGGUGCCCCUCCUCCAUCACCUCCCAAGUUUACAGAAGAACAUGAGACUGUUGCCUCCAUGAUCUCUGGAGAACUCAACAUGGGCGAGGAUGUCUUUGACACUCUUGCCAUUCAAGAUGGGCAUCCAGUGGAUGAGGCAGGCACUCCCAUCAUGGAUGUUACUUUCACUGUGAGUGGAAAACUGCCACCGACAGAGGUCCCCUCUGCUACUUCUGCCGCUGAAUGUGCUGAAGCACCUGCACCUCCUAGUGCUUCUACAUCUUUCCAGCCAGAAGCUUCAUCCUCUGCAUCCACUGCACCAUCACUAACUACAUUUACAUGUAAUGUGGCCUCUCUCUGCUGCCCCACGGCAGAGGAGGAAAUUUGA